AUGAUACGCCUUGCCGAUCACCCCUCAACGCAGGAACAGGGAGUAAAGAUUAGCAUCAAGCAAAACACCAAUGUAAAGGAAGAUGAUCUAGUCUAUUAUACCGACGGGUCAAAACUAGAUGAAAAUACAGGUUGCGCCUAUGUUGCCCUCAGACAGCAAAGCACAAUAGCACAAUGGAAAGGUCACCUGGACACAAAAUACAGCGUGUUUCAGAGUGAAGUAAUGGCCAUCAAACAAGCUCUACUUACGAUAAUCCAACAGCGGCAAAGAGACAGCUUCAUUAUAACAGACAGCCUCUCCUCGCUGUAUGCAAUUGUGAACCCUGUGCACAGCUCCCCACUGAUUGCAGAGAUUCAGACACAUCUGCGCGACCACAGCCAUCUGAACACCAGGAUAGAAUGGACCAAGGCCCACGUCGGCAACAGGGGGAACGAGCAAGCAGAUCAACUUGCAAAGGAGGCCGCAAGAAACAUCAAUGCGGAACAUAUCACCAUCCCAUGGCCAGUUUCAUAUUUAAAGAAAAGUCUGAAACACAAGGCAAAAUCCCUUUGGCAGGAGGAAUGGGAUACUGGUGAGACAGGACGCCGUGCUCACUAUCACGUCCCUACGGUAGACUCAGACCGUCUCAUAGUGCAUGCGCAAAUGGUCCGAUACAUUACCGGACACGGUCCUUUUCCCGUGUACUAUGAAAAACACGGGAUUGCACAAAACGCACAUUGUAUCUGUGGUGAGAUGGGCACCCCAGAUCAUUAUGUUACCCAAUGCCCGCUUACAGCAGAUCUGCACCUGCCAAUUCCAACUACAAACACGCAGGCUUUCUGCAGAUUUAUGGUUAAAGACAAACGUACUGUCCGAAAAAUCAACAAGAUAGUUGAUAAACUCAUGAACUUGGGCACAGACUUAUGUCUAAUCUAA